UGCCAAGUGGUAGGCCUCGCCGGCUCGCCUCCUCGCCCCGCUUUCUCUCAAAUGGCAGUUACAAAUUUCCCUUUUCAAAUUCAAAAACAAAAAAAUCCCUCCUUUCCCCCUCAAAUAAAUUAUAGCUAAUAACAAUUUUUCAAAAAAAGCAAAAAGAUAAAUAAGUAAAGAAAACGGCUGUUUCCCCGUCAGACGAAACCAGUCGUCCAGAAAACAUAAAUUAGGGAUACAGGAAAGAAAAGAAAGAAAAGGAGAAAUCUUUUGUUUCUUUACUUUCUCUCUCACUUUUUCAAAUUCUAUCUCCGAUUUUGAAUCUACUUUGCCUCUUUUCCUUCUCGCCCCAAUUCUCUCUGUUUUGGGUUAUCGAAUCGAGAGACAGAGAGAGAGAGUUGGAUUGGGAUUCGGCUCAGCUCUUCAGGGUUCAAGGAAAAGGGAAAAUGAGAGAGGUGAUUAGCGUUCAUAUUGGACAAGCUGGAAUUCAGGUCGGGAAUUCAUGCUGGGAGCUCUACUGCCUUGAACAUGGCAUUCAGCCUGACGGCACCAUGCCCAGUGACACAUCGAUUGGGAGUGAGCAUGAUUCCUUUAACACAUUCUUCAGUGAGACUGGUUCUGGGAAGCACGUACCGAGAGCUGUCUUUGUCGAUCUUGAGCCCACCGUCAUUGAUGAAGUGAGAACUGGGAGUUAUAGACAACUUUUCCACCCUGAACAACUCAUCUCCGGCAAAGAAGAUGCAGCCAAUAACUUUGCCAGAGGACAUUACACUGUGGGGAGGGAAAUCGUCGAUCUGUGCCUUGAUCGAAUUAGGAAAUUGGCAGAUAACUGUACUGGCUUGCAAGGAUUUUUGGUAUUCAAUGCUGUUGGUGGUGGCACUGGUUCUGGUUUGGGAUCUUUGUUGUUGGAGCGUUUGUCAGUGGAUUAUGGAAAGAAGUCUAAACUUGGCUUCACCAUCUUUCCUUCUCCUCAGGUUUCAACUGCUGUUGUUGAACCUUACAACAGUGUGCUCUCCACUCAUUCUCUCCUGGAACACACAGAUGUAGCUGUGCUUCUAGAUAAUGAAGCUAUCUAUGACAUCUGUAGGAGAUCGUUGGACAUUGAAAGACCGACUUAUAACAACUUGAAUCGCCUGAUAUCCCAGAUCAUCUCUUCCUUGACCACUUCCUUGAGGUUCGACGGUGCCAUUAAUGUGGACAUUACAGAGUUCCAAACCAACCUUGUCCCUUAUCCUCGCAUCCACUUCAUGUUGUCUUCAUAUGCCCCUGUAAUCUCAGCUGCAAAGGCUUUCCAUGAGCAGCUAUCUGUUCCUGAGAUCACUACUGCAGUGUUUGAGCCUUCAAGUAUGAUGGCUAAAUGUGACCCUAGGCAUGGCAAGUACAUGGCGUGUUGUCUUAUGUAUCGUGGGGAUGUUGUGCCAAAGGAUGUUAAUGCUGCAGUUGCCACAAUCAAGACCAAGAGGACUGUGCAAUUUGUUGACUGGUGCCCAACUGGUUUCAAGUGUGGCAUCAAUUAUCAGCCACCAACCGUGGUUCCUGGAGGUGAUCUGGCUAAGGUUCAGCGUGCUGUCUGCAUGAUAAGCAACAACACAGCUGUGGCUGAAGUCUUUGGCAGAAUUGACCACAAGUUUGACCUCAUGUAUGCCAAGAGAGCUUUUGUUCACUGGUAUGUUGGUGAAGGCAUGGAGGAAGGAGAAUUCUCAGAAGCUCGAGAAGAUCUUGCAGCGCUCGAGAAAGACUAUGAGGAGGUUGGCGUAGAAGGUGCUGAUGAUGAAGAAGAAGGUGACGAGUACUGAAAAGAAAAAAAAAAAAAGACUUUUCCUAGAGGGGCAUUACAUAACUAAUGUUUGAUGCCCUUCUGUUUUAUCUCUCAUUUGGUUUCACGAGCUCUGUAUUUUACAUGUUGACAAACGUUGCUACUACUACUAUGCUCUGUCGAUGUCUUUGAUCUUUUGAAGUGUCUGUCUCUGUCAUUCUAUUUUGUUUCCCUGUGCUGCUUAUGCUGGUUUUUUGAAGUAGGGCUCUGUAUAUAUAUCCUUCGUUGAUUUGAAAAAAGACGAUAAAAAAUCACUUCAUACCUGCUCGUCCUAGCACAUCAUGCUUCUCCUUCCUGCAAUAAUUUGAACAAAAACUUCGUGGGAUGACAUACGUUGUUCAUCGUCGGAGUUUCAUUGAGAGAAGAAAACAACGGUUCUUAUUUCUGGAAGUCUCAUUGCAUUAGAUUGCAUUCUAACCUGCGAAGGAGAAACUUACCAUAUUCUUACUUGCUUUGUGUAUUCAUAUUAGAAAUAUACAAUGUGGGUUGUGCUAUUGUCCCUCGAAGAUUCCAUCUGGUUUUUUUUUUGGGGUUUAUGCAUCAUUAUGACUUCUGAAUAAACAAAAUGCUAACUUUGUCUCUUUUCCCUCCACUCAACCCUCCAUCCUCUUAAUAGCACUUUGUUAACAACAUUGCUUCCACAUUUACCUUUCUUAUUUGGAAUGGGCUUGGUCAACCUCAAUUGAUUGGCUGAUGGAUCAGUUGUUGGAGUUAUCAUUAACAACCAUAUAUUCUGCUCCAAAUGCUAACUGCCUAACACUGCAAUUUCUAUCUCAGAAAUCUUCAUUAUUAAGCCUUGGAAUAAAUGGAAAGAGAACCAAUAUGAGAAGGGGGCAAAAAAAUGUCAUCGGUUCAAAUUGCUUAAUUUGGUACUGUUGGUGGUUUCAAGUUUCAACAUGGUUCAUACGCUGGAUGUUCUUACAAUGGUUGAGCUGGGUUUCAAACUCUCGAUGAUAGGGUCAGGAUUUUUGUAGGUUUACAAAUCGAGCUGAUGUUCAUGGAGUGUUUGCGGAUUUUUCGGUCCAUCAUAUUCAUGCAUUUACGAUUCAUGUAACGGUAUUGAUACUCACAAAAGGAGUUCUAUUUGCCCGCAGCUCUCAAAUUCCUUAUAUCUAUCGAACAGUUUCUCUUGUCAAUGGAAUAUCUAUGGGGAUAAGUUUGUAUUGUUAUUUACAUAUGAAGAAAUCAAUGCUCAUGAAACCAGAGAGCCUGACAAUCUCAAACUCUAAUAGAUAAUUCUGAAAGCU